AUGGCUACCGCAGAAUUUGAGAAGACGGAUAUCCUCAAACUAGCCGACCAAGAUGGCCAAUUCCGCCGCAAAGUCUCUCAAUUCCGGAACUUCAUCUCCUCAGAUCCAAGCUCCCCCUUCCCAGCCGAAAAAGACCGCUAUGUCGUCUACAUAAACCUCGGAUGUCCAUGGGCGCACCGAGUCAAUAUCCUGCUGCACCUCAAAGGCCUGACCUCCGUGAUCCCAAUAAUCAUCGUCGACUGCCAGCUCGUUCCAAACGGAUGGUCCUUCACCGGCGACGACUACAGCGCCACAGCCGAUCCAUUGUACGGCUUCAAAUACCUUCGAGAUCUUUACUUAAAAGCGGAUCUCGAGUACACUGGCCGUUACACGGUACCUUGUCUCUGGGACAAGAAGAAUGAAACCAUUAUCAGCAAUGAAAGUUCUGAGAUCCUUCGGAUGCUGUACUCAGAAUUUGAUGCCUUCGUCCCAGAAGACAGGAGAGAGAGUGUCAAGCCAUUGCUCCCGAAGCACCUGCAGAAGGAGAUUGAAGAGAUGAAUGAGUGGGUGUAUAACACUGUGAAUAAUGGGGUUUAUAAAACCGGUUUCGCGACGACACAAGAGGCAUACGACGAACACCUCCAUGUCCUGUUUGCUUCUUUAGAUCGGUUGGAGAAGCAUCUGGAGCAGCCAGGACAUUCGCCGUUUCUGUUCGGUGAGCAUAUUACGGAGGCGGAUAUCAGGCUUUUCACUACGAUGAUCAGAUUUGAUGCUGCUUAUGUUACGAUCUUCAAAUGUAAUUUGAAGAUGAUUCGAUAUGAGUAUCCGAGAUUGCAUGAUUGGUUGCGGAGAGUGUAUUGGGAUGAGGGAGAGGAGUCGAAUUGUGGUGCUUUCAAGAAGACUACGCAUUUCGAUUGUGCGCCGAAUGCCAUCAUUCCAGCUGGCCCACUUCACAAUAUUCUCCUGCCUUGA